UUAGAAUGGUUGCAGGAUAUAAGAUCAAUACAUUUCUAUAUAAUAGCAACCUGCAAUUGGAAAUAAAAAUUAUUUCACAUACUACAGAAUGUCACUUGGAUCCCUAAUAGAACAUUGCCAAGUUGGGAACAGAGGACCCCAGUUGAGUCAACCUCAGAUUUUUGCUUCCAAACCCCUGCGCUGCAAUGAGGUUCAUACCGUAAUCAUUUCUUCUAUCCGCAUCCAGUUGCUGUGGAGAUGGGAGGGUUAAAUUUCCCAGAGAAGCUUUGUAAAGCAAGCAAGGAAGACUGUGCCAUCAGAAACCUCCUCAACAACAGUUGGGGCAGGUAGAGUUGGAGAUGAAGAGAGACAUGAGGAGGAAGCCGAGGGGUGGUCAAAGGAAGAAUGGUGGUCAAGGAGAUGACAGGUUCUGAAGAGACCACUGAGCUGGCCACUGGGAGCCUGUCCCUGUCCCUAGCCCAGCCAGCCAGCUGAUCCCAGAUCCCCCAGCCCAAGCUGAACAUGGAUGCACCCAAAUGCCAGGGCCAGGACCGGCCAUUCAAGGACCCUCCCCAGCCUCUACUUCUCUAGGAAGAGGCCACAGCACAUUCUAAUCCUUCUGAUCUAAUCCUGGGAGCAAUUCUUCUCAGCUAGAGCCAAGGUUGUCACUUCCUGCCACACUGCAGGCUCAUAGGAACCCAGCUUGCCCGUUGCCAUGAUGGCCUCUCCAUCAACCCCUAUCCCCUACCCUGGAGAACAGAGAAUGGGACAUCCUGGUGGUCCCCACCCCCAAAGGAUGAAAAUGAAACUUCUGCAGUAAAAGAUACAAGCUUCUAGAAAAGGGACUGGAGUUGGGGGACCCCUCCCAAGGAGUUAGUCUCCUUUAUGGAGGGUGAUCGGAGUUCAUAAAUAAUCAGAUGGGUGUCAGCAUCGCUCUAUCCUUAUAUAUCAAGCACCUGGGGUAAGAACCCUGGCCUGGAAUUGGGGUCAGUGGCCCCAGGGUGUGAUGGAGUGAGAAGCCAGGGAAAGAGAGAAGAGGUUUCAGGGUAGGAGAGGCCAGGAUUAGGGUGAGCAGCAGAUCUGAAGCCUGGACAGAGAGAGUGGUGAAAGAGGGCAGGAGAGCAGGAAUGGAGGGAGGUGAAGAAGGUUCAUCUGGGCAUGAUGGGGAACCCCACAGAUGUGGGCUCCAGGGUAGGACAGCAUGCAGGCAGGGGAACUAAGAGUUUCUUGAGUCAAACCUGCAUUUAAUUCCUGCCUUUCCGAAUAAUCAGCUGAGGGACCUUGGGCAAAUGACUCUUCUCAUUUUUUGUGUUGAAUCAAUGAGCUAAAGCAUAUAAAGUGCUCAGCAUGAUACCUGGGCUAGAAGCAUUCAAUCAAAGGAAGCGACUACUGCUAGUAUCUGCCCUUAUGGAGGACGGUGAUGGAUCAGGGAGAGUGGAGGGGAGCAGACGUGGAGGAUAGGGCUGGUGACACUGGCAAGGGAGAGCGAGGAGACGAGGGGCAGGAUGGAAGAGGAGAUGGCAAAUGGGCUUAGGUAAGGGACAGGGAGGGAAGGAGUGGCUGGACAGCACCACCCGCCUGGGCUCCAGAAUCCCUCAGGGACUGUCCCCACCUGCAGCUCCCCUGCCCUCACCUCCUUCUCCCUGUCAGGUGCCAAUGGAUUUCCCUGCUGUGGCAAGGAGUCGGUGGACAUUGUGGAUACACAGUGAGAACCAGUCCCCCAUUAUCAUAGGACCUUUCCCCAACCCUCCAAGACCACCAACCCUUACCAGCUGCCACUGCUGCCAAGUUUUCAUGUACCCACCCCAACCCAGGAUCUCCCUCACCUAUCGUGUCCAUUUCCAAAAUCUCUGAGGGCAGAAUCCAGGCCAAAAAGCAGAGAGUGUGGCUACAAUCACCCUCUGCUUCCACCACCAGCCCCUGAUGACUGAGGGGUGGUGGGGCACACUCAGAGGCAUGGAUGGGACCUGACCCCUUAGAGCUGCCUAUCUCUGAGAACAGAGCUCUCUGUGGUGAGGGUGGGCAGGUGCCUAAGGAUGGAGAGGGGGUCACAAUGACUGAGCACUGAGGGCAAUAGCCAAGAUGUCAGCCAACUACCCACAAGAACCAAAGGAACCCUCCAUGCACAUCUCCACACUUCAGAUCUGCCAUGCUGGGAUUGGGCAAGUCUGGGAGAGGGCAUGGCUCUGGACUUCUCCCUCUGUGGGGAGCCACUUUCAGGGCACUGGCUCACUGAGAUGAUUGAUUAAAUGAAGAUUCCUGGGCCUCACCUCCAACCAGCCUAGAUCCCUUUUUGCAGGUGGGGGGCAACUUGGCAAGCUCUCUAGGCACUUCCUGAGCUCACUAAAGUUUGAGACUGUUAUUCUAGAACUCUUGGUGGGAGUGGCCACAGCCAGGGGAGUGGGCUGGGGGCAUCUUACCAGCCCCUAUACAAGGCAGGAGGCCUUGAGGGCUCCAGAGACCCUCCCUUGAAGCCACCUCACCCACCCCAUAGAGCCCUGUCACCCACUCUGUCUCCUUCUGUCUUAGGGGUAACAUAAACCAAUACCAGUUCCAGCCAACACAAGACGAAGAUGAAAUGGAGCUGGAGAAGGAAUUGCUAGAGCUGGAGCCUCCGCACAGAGAGGUCGUGGACCUGGACUCAGAAUUGGAGCUGGAACAGAAGUCCGAGGCUUCCUCACUGCUGGAGCUGUGCCCCGCAGCCAAGCUCAAGUCCAAGGUCAAGCUGAACAUGGAGCCCAAGUUGGAGGUGCCCAAUCUGGAAUUCUGCAGUGAAGACGCUGGGCCACAGGGGUACAGGAUAGAGUCGCUCCACCCCUACACUGAGGGGCUCGCGCAGCAAGACGCUGGCCGAUGGCAUAUGAGGUCAAACUCCAGCUACUUGGGCUCCUCAGAAGAUGACCAGGUGUCCACCAACCAUCGCUCUAUCCGUGUGCAGACCUCAAAGCACCUCUUCUGGGCAGACAAGCUCAUCCAGGCCUCAGAACACAGCCUGCAGAAGGCGAUCAGCACGCAGCCACAGCCACAGCCUGUCAAAAAGAGCACAGAUGAGACCACCAGCCAUCUAGAGCAACAGUCGGUCCCCAAGGACACCAUGUGCUCCAAGGAGCAGCUCCAGGACCCCAGUGCCCAGCCAGCUCUUCCAGCCACAGGCUCCCAGCCAUCCUCCUCCCCAGCAACCAUCGGCCUGGCAGACCUGAUCAACUUCGCAUCUUCCCUGGCCAUGGCCUCCUCCAGCAAGAUGGACUUACCCAAUUUGGAGCACAUGGUCAAAGCCCCACCCCAGAAGGCCACGGAGCCUCCUACAGAGCCCACCAUGGACAAGCCAGAGCAGGAAAAGCUCACUAAUGAGUUGCUAGAGAAACCACUAGAAGCCGGGGAGCUGCAGAAAGCUCUGAAGCAGAAAGACAAGAGUUUCCCCCACCCUUACCUUGACUUCAGCAAGCAGGGGUUCAAGAGUGCCAAUAUUGAAGGGGAAGUGAAGUUUCUCCAGCCCCCGAACAUGUCCCCUCAGCUGCAAGAAGCUGUGAAAGACUCGGUGCCGGGAACCAAGAAAGGGAAUCCAUUAUUGCUGAAAAUCCAUUUUAAGCUGUCGUCCCCUAAUUCCCCAGAGAAAUGACUAGACAAAACCAGUAAAGCCUCCAGUGCUGACCCCCGGCUCAGACUUUUUGUGCAAACGCUCCUGAACCAGUGAGCUCAUCUUGCUGCAGCAUCCCGGUCUCAAUUUUUUGGGGGGAUGCCAACCCCAUUUUUAGCUACCCCCACCCCAGGGCUCUGCCAGCCCUGCUUUGUCCCUGCUCUCUCCCCAUGUGUAGUUCCACUUCACCUGCAUCUAGCCAGACCUCUGGGCCAGCAACAAAGACUCAUAACUAGUCUUGGGGAGGCCUCGGUACCAUUUCUAGGGCUUCUGUUUCUUAGAUCAUUGGGGCAUCCCAAAUGAGGCAUGUUGGGAUCAUCUGAAGCGAGAGCCUCCUGAGGGUGGGGCUGGGCAGGUGAGAAGGCGUCUGGAGUGAAUUCUUCCUGCUUCUCUCCAUGGGGAAGACCUGGCUUGGGGAAGGGAUAGGGUCCAGGGCUUGAAGGGAAGAAUGAAGCCAAAGAAUUGGUCCUCCAGGGGCCCACGGCCUUGAGUUAGAGGUACCUCCAGUGCAGGGGAGAGCCCAUGUGUAAUAGUGCACUUCCGCAUGCAACCCAGAUACACACACACACACACACACUAGCACAUUACACACACAUUCCCUUAACACAUGUACACACAGGCCAAGGUAGCACAUUCCCCAUGCGCUGUGCACAUGGGCACACAUAAACACAGUGCCUGUGACCCAGACACGUGUACUAAACAUGCACACAAAUGCACAAGCCUCCCAUGGCGGGGAGGACAGGCCAUGUGGGGAAGCUUCUGGAAGAGAAGAUGGAGGCAGAAGAGGGAAGGGAAUUCGGGGUGUGGGGAUGGCGUGGGCAGGAAGAAGGAAGUCAAGGAGAAACAGAAGGGCAGGCAGCACCUCGCCUUGGGCCCCAGUGAGCCUUGAGAUCUACUCCGGGCCACGGCUCCCCAACAAGUGAAAGCCCAGCCUUGCAGGUGCUUGAGGGGGUCUGAGGACGGACAUGCCCAGGGCCUGGGAGAGUGGGACUUGGAGGGGGUCAGCAGUGAGGAAUGGUCCAGGGGCCAGAGAAGGGAGCAGGAGGCUGGGAGGAGGGAUGAAGAAGAGACGCAGAGGUGAGCGUCAGGGAGGGGCUAGGCCAGAAGCGUCAUUUGGCUAUUGGAGUGCAUCUUCCUGAAGUAUUCUUUUAAUGUGGUUUGUGGGUUUGCAUUGUUUGGAAGAAAGGAUCCUUCCCUCCCAGGGGGCCUAGGGUUAGGUAGGCCACAGCCCCACCUUGGCUGGACCCCACCCUCCCACGCCUUGACUUCAGGCCUUCUCCAGGGCCUGUUUCUCCCCUGGGCCUCUGCUAUCCUGUGUUAGCUUUUGGAGUGGAGUCACAAAUUUACAUACCUUUAGGGGGCAGAAACUCAAAAGAAUAAAGCAGCAGGUUCCCCAGCAGAGAGGAGGAGACCUGUAGUGAGGGAGACACUCACCCCUGCCAAAAGUUGUUAAAAUCUUCCCCAAAGCCAGCCUGGGGGCUGCGGGCCUGGGGCACUGGGCCAGCAUCCAAGCCUGUGACUCCGCCUUUCAGGCAGCAGAGGGCAAAAGAGCAAGAGAUCACCAUCAGCAAAGAGAACGUACAGGUGACCAGGGCUGGGGAAAGGUCCCCUACUACUCCAAGCUACUGCCCCCAGGAUCCCCUGGGGAGAGGACUGGGGGUGCAGCUGGCGUGGGGGAUCCUGGGAGGUGAAGCUAUGCACUCAAAGGUCUGGUCCCGGGUCGUCUGGAGUCUGAGCACUCAAGUGGGCUAGGCCCCUCUGCCCUGUCUUCUCCCCACCUCCAAGGCUACCACAGAAGCCUCAGAGACUGCUCACGCGAGACCCAGGAGAGGAGCAGACUGGCAGGAUGCAGAAGGGGAGGCUGCAGCAGCGCGCUGCCCUGCUGACCCAGACAGAGCCAACAGCAGCCACAGCCCCAGGGGCUGAGCAGGCCUCGCAGAGGGCAAAGGAGAUCAAGGAUCUUGCGGCCACCCAUACAGGAGAGUCAGGCCCAAACACUGGGUCUCAGAGGUGAGGGCAGGGAUGCGAGGCCAGGCCUGGGGUGCUGGGUUUGGGGAAAGGCCUGCCUGCCUGGCCUGGCAUCUCUCUGUAGCAGGUGCCAAGGCCUUUUCCAACCUCUUCCACCUGAGGCAGCUUUGCAGACAAGAUCCCACUACCCCUGACACCCCGGCAGCUGGCAGGUGAGGGCCUCAGGGCUGGGAGCAGGGAGGAAAACUAGGGGUGCUCAGAGCAGAAUACAGCAGGUUGCCUGCCCAGGGGCUGGGGUCACUGCAAGAAGCCAGUGACAGUGUUGUAAACUUGUCCCCACACCAGUCUAAUUUGUUCAUAUCUAUAAUUUCUGGGCUCACUGGUAUGUGUGUG